CCCGGAUCGGAAGUGACGGAGCCGAGCUCGCGCGUCGAGGCUACCUCUAUGGUUUUCCUCUCCUUCUGGAGUCGGGAGAUGGCCGCUGUGUAGUUCCAGCGGAGACAAGUCCUGAAAACCCUGCUCCGGCGUUGUCAGGAAGAAUCUUGGCAGUAUCUUAAAGACAUCACUGACUUCUGGAUCCUGCAUAGAGCCCAAGGAGAAAAGAAAUGGGCCGCUCCAAUUCUAGAUCACAUUCUUCAAGAUCAAAGUCUAGAUCACAAUCGAGUUCUAGAUCAAGAUCAAGAUCACAUUCUAGAAAGAAGAGAUACAGUUCUAGGUCCCGUUCCAGGACAUAUUCAAGGUCUCGUAGUAGAGAUCGUAUUUAUUCUAGAGAUUAUCGUCGAGAUUACAGGAAUAAUAGAGGAAUGAGACGGCCUUAUGGGUACAGAGGAAGGGGUAGAGGGUAUUACCAAGGAGGAGGAGGUAGAUACCAUCGAGGUGGCUAUAGACCUGUUUGGAAUAGAAGGCAUUCUAGGAGUCCUAGACGAGGUCGGUCACGUUCCAGGAGUCCAAAACGAAGAUCCGUUUCUUCUCAAAGAUCCCGAAGCAGAUCUCGCCGGUCAUACAGAUCCUCUAGGUCUCCAAGAUCAUCAUCGUCUCGUUCUUCAUCCCCAUAUAGCAAAUCUCCUGUCUCUAAAAGACGAGGGUCUCAGGAAAAACAAACCAAAAAAGCUGAAGGGGAACCGCAAGAAGAGAGUCCUUUGAAAAGCAAAUCACAGGAGGAACCAAAGGAUACAUUUGAACAUGAUCCAUCUGAGUCUAUUGAUGAAUUUAAUAAAUCUGCCACAUCUGGUGAUAUUUGGCCUGGCCUUUCAGCUUAUGAUAAUAGUCCAAGAUCACCUCAUAGUCCAUCACCUAUUGCCACACCACCUAGUCAGAGUUCAUCUUGCUCAGAUGCCCCCAUGCUUAGUACAGUCCACUCUGCCAAAAAUACCCCUUCUCAGCAUUCACAUUCCAUGCAGCACAGUCCUGAAAGGUCUGGAUCUGGUUCUGUUGGAAAUGGGUCUAGUCGAUAUAGUCCUUCCCAGAAUAGUCCGAUUCAUCAUAUCCCUUCACGAAGAAGCCCUGCAAAGACAAUCACACCACAGAGUGCUCCAAGAGAGGAAUCUAGGGGGCGGUCCUCUUUUUAUCCUGAUGGAGGAGAUCAGGAAACAGCAAAAACAGGAAAGUUUUUAAAAAGGUUCACAGAUGAAGAGUCUAGAGUGUUCCUGCUUGACAGGGGUAACCCCAGGGAAAAAGAGGCUCCCAAGGAGAAAGGACCAGAGAAAGGCAGGGCUGAGGGAGAUUGGGAAGACCAGGAAGUUUUAGAUUAUUUCAGUGAUAAAGAGUCUGGAAAACAAAAAUUUAAUGAUUCAGAAGGGGAUGACACAGAGGAGACAGAGGAUUAUAGACAGUUUAGGAAGUCAGUCCUGGCUGAUCAGGGGAAAAGUUUUGGUACUUCAUCUCAUCGGAAUACUGAGGAGGAAGGACCCAAGUACAAGUCCAAAGUCUCACUAAAAGGCAAUAGAGAAAGUGAUGGAUUUAGAGAAGAAAAGAAUUAUAAACUGAAGGAGACUGGAUACAUAGUGGAAAGGCCUAGCACUGCAAAAGAUAAGCACAAGGAAGAGGACAAAGGUUCUGAAAGAAUAACAGUAAAGAAAGAAACACAGUCACCUGAGCAGGUAAAGUCUGAAAAGCUCAAAGACCUCUUUGAUUACAGUCCCCCUCUACACAAGAAUCUAGAUACACGAGAAAAGUCUGUCUUCAGAGAAGAGAGCCCACUUAGGAUCAAAAUGAUAGCCAGUGAUUCUCAUCGUCCUGAAGUCAAACUCAAAAUGGCACCUGUUCCUCUUGAUGAUUCUAACAGGCCAGCCUCCUUGACGAAAGACAGGCUACUUGCUAGUACGCUUGUCCAUUCUGUCAAGAAGGAGCAAGAAUUCCGAUCCAUCUUUGACCACAUUAAGCUACCUCAGGCCAGCAAAAGCACUUCAGAGUCAUUUAUACAACACAUUGUAUCCUUGGUUCAUCAUGUUAAAGAGCAAUACUUCAAAUCACCUGCAGUGACCCUAAACGAGCGGUUCACUUCAUACCAGAAAGCUACUGAAGAACAUAGUACCCGGCAAAAGAGUCCCGAGAUACACAGGAGGAUUGACAUCUCUCCAAGUGCUUUGAGGAAGCAUACCCGUUUAGCAGGCGAGGAGAGAGUUUUUAAAGAAGAAAAUCAGAAGGGAGAUAAAAAAUUAAGAUGCGAUUCAGCUGAUCUCCGGCAUGACAUUGAUCGUCGCCGUAAAGAAAGAAGUAAAGAACGGGGGGAUUCCAAGGGCUCCAGGGAAUCUAGUGGAUCAAGAAAGCAAGAAAAAACUCCAAAAGAUUACAAGGAAUACAAAUCUUACAAAGAUGACAGCAAACAUAAAGGUAGAGAGCAAGAUCAUUCUCGAUCAUCAUCCUCUUCAGCAUCACCUUCCUCACCUAGUUCUCGAGAAGAAAAAGAGAGUAAGAAAGAAAGAGAAGAAGACUUUAAAACUCACCAUGAGAUGAAAGACUACUCAGGAUUUGCAGGAGUUAGCAGACCUCGAGGAACCUUUUUUCGAAUUAGAGGCAGAGGAAGAGCCAGAGGAGUUUUUGCGGGGACAAAUACUGGUCCAAACAACUCAAAUACUACUUUUCAAAAGAGACCGAAGGAAGAGGAAUGGGAUCCAGAAUAUACCCCAAAGAGCAAGAAGUACUUCUUGCAUGAUGACAGAGAUGAUGGUGUGGAUUAUUGGGCCAAAAGAGGAAGAGGUCGUGGUACUUUUCAGCGUGGCAGAGGGCGCUUUAAUUUCAAAAAAUCAGGUAGCAGUCCAAAAUGGACUCAUGACAAAUACCAAGGGGAUGGGAUUGUUGAAGAUGAAGAAGAGACCAUGGAAAAUAAUGAAGAAAAGAAGGACAGACGCAAAGAAGAAAAGGACUAGUCUCAAGAUUGCGACAGAGAGCAGAACUUGUUGACACUCAACAUUUUUUAAGUCUGAUUUUUGUUUUCAAAUAAGAAUGUAAACAUUUUAUUUACAAUUUACUGUUUGCAAGUAGUCUAUAGAAAUUUUAAGUCUUCAAAUACCUUGAAAAAAUAGUAGACUGUAUGUUGAAAAUUGUAUUGAAAUAAAGUAGAAAAUGUUCCCUACCAUAUUUGUAACUAUCAACUUUUAAAAACCUUUGACUGUUUUUGUUACAUGCAUUGUAUUUCUGCUUUGUCUAUAAGAAAUGGUCAAGUCCAGCUCUGUGACAGCGCGGAUUCUCUUGACUCCCUGUUUGUUAAUGUUUGAUUCUGAAGUAAACGUUAGCUCUACACAAAUCCACACAAACCCUCAAACAGGAGUUGUUUAUAGUGACCACACUAAUUAUUUAACUGUACACAUCUGUUUAACAUCUUUUUUAAAUUUGAACACUACAUUGUAGGGUGACUAAUUUUUGAAAGUACCAUGAAAGUUGCUAUUCUGGAAAACUAAAAUUAGUUUCACACUUCAGCAAAUAUAUAAGGACGAUAACUUUGUUAGUAGCCAAAAGGUACAAAUUACUAAAAGUUAGAAAGGUUUGUGAAAGUGGUAUUUUUGCUGAAAGCAAGCAGUGGCAUUUUAAGAGCUUGUAUGAAUUCAAAACUGAAUAUUCUCUUCCAUUCUCAUUUAAUAGUUUGAGUCAUGGUCUUAGAUAUCAGCUACCUAAGAGAGAGAGAAACUGGUUUGUAAUAUGAGUGUAAGAAAAAUCCUAAUUCCACAGACCUGAUCGUUUUUUUUUUUUUUUUUUUUUUUUUUAACAAAAACAAAUCAAAACUUGGGAGUCCUAUUUAUUUGGAAGAUUAUCCUAAAGCAUAAUUUGAUGCACUCAGUACCUGACUGGGUAGCUUGCAUAUUUCUUGGAUACUCUGACCAGCUGUAAAUUAGUUGAUAAUUUAAGCAUAUAAUUACAAAUCAAAACUUGGGAGUCCUAUUUAUUUGGAAGAUUAUCCUAAAGCAUAAUUUGAUGCACUCAGUCAUUAAGUAUGGAUAGCUUGCAUAUUUCUUGGAUACUCUGACCAGUUGUAAAUUAGUUGAUAAUUUAAGCAUAUAAUUAGAUAGUUCCAACAUAAUGUCUAAUAGUUAAAUAACUUGUUUUUUCUUAAUGUUACCAGUAAAAGAUUUUGGCAGAAGAUUUGUACCAUUAAUCUAACUGCCCAUUUAUAAAAUGACCUUUUUCUUUUCAAGUGGUCUGACUUACCUAAGGAGAUAUAUACUCUUCUUUGUUACUUAAUAGCAAAGGAAUAAAGUUCAUGCUAAGACUUUUUUUUAAAAAUAAACCUAUAAAACUAGCCACAUUGCAUCAGAUUAGUUGUAUAUUUUUGCAAUUAAAGGAGAUAAUGCUUAUUCUAUUAAUGUAAACUUUUAAAGCUUGUAAGUGUGUGACUCAUUCAUUCUCUUUUGAUGAUUUGCAAUAUGUCUUAGAUGUUGAAUUGCUAAGAGCUGUUGGCAACACACUUAAGCUAAAGCCAUGUCAACAUUUGUAUUGUUGUCACUCAGUAUUGCAUGAUUUCUCCCAUUAAUUGUCUAUCUGGAAUUAUUUAGUAAAUCAGAAAUGUCUGCAAAUCAACUUUAUUGUGUCAACCUGGACAUAAUUAGUACCAUCCUCUUCAGAUUAAGACUUAAAUAUAAAAGUAAUAUGUAUUUAAUUCCCUAAUGUUUUUCAUACCAUUCUAUUUUAUAUGAAUACAUUUAACUUUUAUUUUAACAGUUACUUGGUUACACACUGAAUCUCGGCAUGUUUACCUUUACUUUUUCUACAACAGAGAAAAGUAAAUUUACUGAAAAAUAAUUUAAUAGAGAGUAAGGUCAUAUUUUAGUAUGAUUGCAGUACUAUACCCUUUGGUUACUUUGAUUUUAAAGUUAUAGAUAGAAAAGCCCACUACAUUAAAGUGUGGUGAUAAGAAUUCUGCAGUAGAACACUGCUGUGAAUCUUCUCUUUUUCAGGGCCACACAACAGCCUGUAUGUAUUUUUUGAGAUCACUAUUUAGUUUCACAUGUCAUAACAUGUUACAAAGGCUGAAUGAUUCCUCUUGGUAAAGCUGCUUGAUUAUAAGUGCUAGGAAAAUAACUGUUAAGAGCUGCAUUAAUGUACUUCUUUGCCCAGAGAAAGAAAUAAAAAUGAGCCAAAGGAUUUUAUAGGAAAAAAAAAAAGCCGUUUCAGAAGACCAUGACUCAAUUCUUAGGUAUGUAUGCUCUUCAACAUCUUAGGAGUUUUAAAAAACAGCAAAGUCUCUUCCAGUUGCACUCCAUUUCAAGGCAUUGUUAUUGUUCCCUUUUGUUACAGUUAAAAUCAGUGUUGGGAUAUAAAUUAUAAUUUGAGGGAAAAUUUUACCCCAUGAGAAUGAACGUAGAUGGCUAAACGAUUCUUACUCAGUGUGGUGUACAUUUCAGCAGGGACCCUUGUAAAUUGUCAUAUGCCAAUAAAAUGUCCUAAGUGGUGA